AAUUGUGUUGUACUUUGUGCUCAUAACAGUCAGUAACGAUAAUAAAAUUAAAUUAGCCUUUUUUAAUGCAGAUUCACAAAGUUAUUGAAAGCGGCAGUCCGAAUGUGCGAAUAUAAAACCAACUUUACCGAAGUAUUAAUUUGCCUUCCCAAUCGCAGCACAAAGAGUAGCCUAAAUCAGAGAUUGUAAAACUGCAUAAACCAGUGUAAAACGAUCAAACAUUUAUCCGGGUCUUUAACGUGAAUUGAAUAUAUCAACAACAUAUUCAGUAUACAACCGAAAUAAUUUGUAUAACGUUUUUUAAACCUUUACCCAUCAUUCCCGUUCGUGUAUGGACAAUGAAACAGCAAAUAAAUUAUUGAUAGGAGGAUUCAAAUAUAUCAGGUAAAUGAAGGAGACAAAAUUCACCAAUAAAUGCUGGAGUAUUCCCAUCAGUCUACAAGUGAAGAAGACAGAGCUGAACAGUGGGAACAUGAGUGAUCCAGAGUCCUGCAGAAUGGAGCAUGAAGAUACUGAAGAACAAAGAGUCCUGAUGGAAGAGAAUGAUGAGAGUGAAGAACUGAGUGAAGCGGAAGAGAAACAUCAUCAGGUCUGCUCACAGACUGAGCGAAAUUUUUCACUGAAAAGUUCCAAAAAAUCUUUCACCUGCACUCAGUGUGGGAAGAGUUUUACACAAAAAGGAUCUCUUAAGUCACACAUGAAAAUCCACACUGGAGAGAAGCCGUACACAUGUGAUCAGUGCGGGAAGAGUUUCAGACAUGCAAGCACUCUUAAAAUGCAUGUGGAUUCUCAUUCUGGAGAAAGACGAUUUAACUGCGAUCAGUGUGGUAAAAAUUUUCUUUGGGAAGCAUCCCUGAAGAACCACCUGAAAACUCAUUUAAAGGAGAAGCCUCACAUGUGUUCUUUGUGUGGAAAAAGUUUUACUCUGUCGAGUACUUUAAAAAUACACCAGAAAAGACACUGUGGUGUGAAGGAUCACAUGUGCUUUGAUUGUGGGAAGACCUUUUUCACAGAUGAUGAACUUAAGCUGCAUCAGAGGAUUCACACUGGAGAAAAACCUUACAAGUGUUCACACUGUGACAAGAGAUUCAGUCAGGCAGGACACAUGAAAAGACAUGAGAAGAUCCACACUGGAGAGAAGCUGUAAAACUGCCAUCCAUGUGACAAGAGUUUCAAUCAAUUAUCUUCUCUACUCAGGCAUACAAAAAUGUCUAAAAUCAUGGUGUAACGUGACCCAAUAAUAUGCUGGGCAAUAAAAGCUCUUUUCCAUAUCAAUCAGGACAAAGAAACAUCAUCAAAAGUUGUCUCUGUGAUCAGAGUUUAUUUUAAAGGCAGUUACAAGUGUGAGAUUGAGAUCUCGCUUCUCUUUUUCUCUUGAGGUGGUUUGACUAUUUUUUUAAAGUGAGAGAAAUAUCUCUCUUUUGUAUUCAUAUUACUUCAUUUUUAUGCCUCUUCACCAACUAAUGCUUGAAUAAACUUGUUACUCAUUUUAUCAACAA